GUAUUCAUCACCACUCGUGCGCCUGACCCGUGUCGCAUGCACAAUUGCAUCCAUCCAUCCAUCCAUCUUGCACUCACUCUUACAAGACGCACGCAGCCCCACACAGCAAAGACUGACUGACUGACUGACCAAAUAGCGCGUAAACACACAGGACGUGGGCCAGCCUGUGUGGGUGGAUGGGUGGUGCGUGCGUGCGGGCGUCAUGGAAGCAGCUUCAGGCAGGCAAAAAAGUGCUCUUCCGUCCUUCGUCUCCUUGUCUGUGGCUGGGGAGGAGGGAAGAAAAGAAGAGAGGAAAAACAUCAUCGUCAGCAGCAGCAGCAGCAGCAUCGGUACACACUUAGAAACCGGUAGCUCGCGAGCUGUCCUGUCCCUCUGUCAGCCAUCCAUCAAUCAAUUGUCCGGCCGGACACAGACACGCACACUCUCUCUCUCUCUCUCAAGCAGCCAAAACUUCCCUGGGCCUUCCUUCCCUGUCGCUUCCUUCCUUCCUCGAGUGGCACACUAGGUUAGGCUGCAACAAAUAUGUACGAGUACAUACAUAACAGACAGGCAGGAGGGAAGGGGUUGGGCUGGGUUGGGUUGGGUUGCCUGCAGACAUACAGACAUACAUACACAAUAGCCUAUCAAAACCGCUGACAGCUUCACUGUACAAUGCAGACAGACAGACAGACAGCACUCACUGACCGAUACAUACGAACAGCAUAUGAACGGGUGUCGCGGUUUCUUGCUGGUCCCCUUUGGCAAGGCAGAGGAGGGCAAACGGGGCACCGUUCCCUCAGACAAGAGGGAACACUGUCACGUAUCCCCAUCCCGACGGAGCAAAAAGAGCCACGCAAGAACCGAACCCACACGCAUCACACCGAGAAAUCCGCCAUGAGAAGAGCCAUACAGUAAUUCAGUAGAACCGAGAAUAGCCGAAAGGACGAACCAGCCCAAAAGGCAAACCCAUCCCAUCCGGGUACCCUCGCUCCCUCCUCCCUCCCUCCCUCACUCCCCCUUGCCCUCCUUCUUCUUGUUUCUAUGGUUCUUGACUUUCUUGCUGGCCCAGUUGGUGAUCCAGUGGCAGUGCAUGGCGAGGGAGAGCGUCACGAACACCAGCGUCACCGACAAGCGUACGUCGGCCAUCCAGAUGCGGUGGUAGAGAAGCAGCCCCAGCACACAGGUGUGCCACACCACACGCGUCAGCCAGAAGGCGAUGCCGAACGACCAGUCGAACCGCCACGGCACGUGGAUGUUGCCUGGGAGAAAGAGAGUGAGUGAGUGAGCGAGGGGACGCACACACGCACACGCACACGCAAUGAAACGAACGGAAAGCAUCCAUGUUGGUGUCUGAUGUGCAGUGCUCAUCUCUCCUCUCCAUCUCUCUCUCUCUCUCUGUGUGUGUGUGUGUGUGCGUCUGUCUUCUCUUUCUCUCACCGAUUCCGAGCAUGACAGUGGGUAUCUCGUCGAUGCCGAAGAGCAUGAAGAUCCACACUUGCUUGGACGCCAGAGCAUACAGCAUGAUGACCGUAUACACGCCGUGGUGCACCCACCCAGACAGCACGUCGAUCGUCCGCGGGUAGAACAGCGUCCCCAGCACGCAGUCCGUGUGCAGGGCCGCCACAAACAGCACGCACACCACCUGUAGUGCCGUCGGGUUGCUCGCAACCACCGCGCGAAACCCGGCCCCCAGCAGGUCGCCCUCUGCCAGCGUCACCGGGAUGACGUAGACGCCACACACAGUGAGCACCACCCCACUGGCCGUGGUCAGUAUCCAGCCGUCAGCCUUCUGCUCGUCCUUGUACUUUGCCCCCAGGGCCCUGAUAGCCAUUCUGCUCACCAAGAACACGGCCGCCUGCAGCUGCACCAGCCCGACAUACCACGCGAAGAACCACGGCGAGUCGAGCAUCAGCAUGCUCCGCAGCGGCACGUCGCUGAAGGGCCAGAUGACGACAUAGCCCACGACGCAGGCCAUGAGGAACCACCCAAGUCCGACGAUGGGCGAGAGGCCCUCGGCGGGAAGGGGCGACUCGUAUCGCGAGUCGAUGGAUGACACGGAUGUGGCUGAGGGGGAGUGGGAGGGCUUGGCGGGGAUCUGCAGGGACGAGAGGGGCGGCUCCAGGGCGGAGGAGGGUGCAUUGGGCGUCGCCGGACGGCCGCCAUUCAGCCCUGUGUGCACCACGUGGGGAUUCUCACUCACUACCAU